UUCUCUCACACACCAUCUCUAAUAUUUUUAGUAUUAAUAUUAUCGUGAUACCAUGAUUGCAUCACGAAAAGAUGUCAAGUACAUUUUAUGCAAAUUUUUAUUUAUGACGCUAUUGUGACUGCUGGAGAUUGCUUUUUUUUUUUAUGCGUUGUUUUUCCUUUUCCGUGAGUCUAUGUAUUAGUGUGACUUUGAUAAAUCGUGAUGGAAACUUGGCAUUAAUUUUACAGUUGCAAGGAUAGCAAGGGUGGCCCCACAAAAGUGUUUAAGGAGACAGGUGCAAAUAAUUGAGCUUUCUCUUUCCUUGAAGUGGUUGAAGGACUCACAAGGUGUUGUGAAUCGGUGAUGAGGAAAGGGGUAGCUGGGAAAGCUUUUUGAAUAAAGAAAGAACAGUUGAGGGUAGUGAAAUGGAGCCACCGAAUCAGAAGUCUAUUGAGAGAGUGGUUUCUCAGAGAGCCUUGCAAAUUGGAAGUUCGUUUCCAUGCCAAAUUUGUGUUGUGGGGUUUCUCUGUGGAGUAUGCCUCACUUAUCUGUUCUUGGCUGCUUUGACUUCCUUUGGCACAUUUCAGUUUGGUCCCAUUUUAUUUUCAACCAUGUCAAUGGCUAAUUCUUCUGGGAAUUCUACUUUUCCUAAUGAUAUCAACAUGAUUACAAAUUCGGACUGCCGUAUUAAGCUCAAGGAAACUGAGAGAUUGUGGAAUUCGGAGAGCAGCAGAGAGCGAGAUAAGAAUGAAAGAGUGGCACUGCUUUAUUCAGCUUGGAGUGGUGUGUUGAAUGAAUCUACAAGUGGUGGUAAAGAGUACUUACAGAAACAUGGAAUUAGUGGGUCCAGUUUGCCUAAUGCCCCACAUUUGGAAAACUGCAAGGUGAAAACACAGUUAUAUGACUAUCUUGAUAAGCGUACAGGAACUGAGGUUUUCCCGCCAUGGACAACUUGGAAGGGGCUUUUGCAGACAUUUCCUGUUGCUGCAUUCAAUGAGCAGAUGCAAAAUCUUAAGCAUCAGGCUGUAUCUGAGGGGGCUUAUCCACCCUGGAUUGCAGGGUCUGAUGAAGAAAACUAUCCCUUGACUAGAAAAGUGCAGCGUGACAUAUGGAUCCAUCAGCAUCCUUUAAACUGUAGCAGCCCUGAUGUGAAGUUCCUUGUUGCUGACUGGGAGAGAUUACCUGGAUUUGGUAUUGGGGCUCAGAUUGCUGGGAUGUGUGGACUUCUUGCUAUUGCAGUCAACGAAGGAAGAGUCCUUGUCACUGACUAUUAUAAUAGAGCUGACCAUGGUGGUUGCAAAGGGUCUUCCCAGUCUAGUUGGAGUUGUUACUUCUUUCCUGAAACCUCCCUAGAAUGUCGGCAGCGUGCAUUUGAAGUCAUGAAAAGUGAAGAUGCUUGGAGCAAGGGAAUUGUGACCUCCAAAGAAAAUUAUACAUCCAAGCAUAUAUGGGCUGGACCUACCCCUAGGAAAUGGGGGCUUCCAUGGAAUCAUUUGCAACCAACAACUGACAUAAAUGGGACUCUGUUAGCUUCUCAUAGAAAAAUGGAUAGACGGUGGUGGAGAGCACAGGCAGUACGCUACUUAAUGAGGUUUCCAACAGAAUACACAUGCAAUUUAAUGAAUGUAGCCCGCCAUGCUAGCUUUGGAAAAUUAGCUGCAAAAAUGGUUCUCGAAAGUCUUGCUUGGAACUGGCCAAAGGAAAGUGGUGCGAAGCCAAGGUCUGAUAUUGAUGAAUAUGUGUGGUCCAAUCACAAGCCUUGGGUCCCUAGGCCUCUUCUAAGUAUGCAUGUAAGGAUGGGAGACAAAGCAUGUGAGAUGAAGGUAGUUGGAUUUGAAGAAUACAUGCAGCUUGCGGAUCGGACUCGGAGACACUUCCCACACCUUAAUAGCAUUUGGCUCUCAACCGAGAUGCAGGAAGUGAUUGACAAAACUAGAGAAUAUUCUCAUUGGAACUUUCACUACACAAAGGUUAGACGCCAAGUUAGGAUUAACAUGUCAAUGGCUGAGUACGAAGCCAGCCUGGGUAGGGAGACCAGCACAAAUUAUCCACUAGUUAAUUUCUUGAUGGCUGCUGACUCAGACUUUUUCAUUGGGGCAUUGGGUUCUUCCUGGUCCUACCUUAUAGAUGGAAUGAGAAAUACUGGAGGAAAGGUAAUGGCUGGCUUCUUGAGUGUCAACAAGGACAGAUUUUGGUAGGGUUACGUCUGUAUAUUGAUCAUUGGUGUCUUUGAUAGUAAUAUUUUUCUUUUUUGAUAGUAAUAUGAUGCUUUGUAUGUAUAAUUUUUGUAUAUGUGCCAAAAAUAAAACAAAGCGAUCUCUAAUAGAUUUAGUGAUGAAAGAAUCAAAA